UUUAUCGCUAAUGUGGCGCCCACAGCCAAAAGCAGUAUGAUGUACUAUAGUAGCACUAUAAGCUAUAUAAUACAGGCUAUGGUUUAAAAUGGCUCCUUAAAUGCAAGUGGGUCAGUUCAUUGUAUUUGGUUCCGCUAUUACUAAAUAGAUAAUGGCUUAAUGAUUUAAGAGCUAUCUCGAUUCGGUGUGUUAUUUUUUUAGGGAAAAUGGCUUUCGCCUUUUUGUUGACCAUAUUUUUUUAACAUAGCGCCUUUAACGACGGUCGUUUUUCUUAUUUAUUCCCGUAUUUUUGUGUUAAAAAAAUAAACUUAUCUUAGUUAAAAUAAUCGAGGAUACAUAUAUAGGAUAAUCAAUGUGUGUAAAGUGGCCCAAAAGUGCAAAGUUAUUUCAAAUAUUUGUAAUCGUAAUUAACCGAUUAAGUAAGGAGUUAUAUUCAUUUCUGUAUGAGUGAGGUCCUUGCUGAGAACCUGGAUUUAGAUCAUGUCUAACUAAUACGUUUUUAUUUAUUCACAUAUUUUUAGAUUUGCAGGAAAAUAACUCCAAAAAUGCUUCGAAUAUUUGCUUUCGCUUCACAAAUCUCUAUGGAAACUUUGCUGACAAGCGCAGCUAUUUUGACUUGCGUUCUAUUCGUAGUGUAUGAUACAUGGUGGCGAUUCUUGGGUACCAGUGGCACGCUACGGGGUCGUAAUGGAUUCCCUGUAUUUGGGUGUUUUCCCUUACUAGGGAAGAACAAAGAACGAGUCUUUAUGAAUUGGUCUCGCACCAGUUAUGGGCCCAUCUACUACGCGCGUCUUGGCGCCUCAAGGGUCUUGGUUUUAAACGGCUACGAAGCUGUUAGAGAAGCUCUUGUCUUGAGACCACAGGCUUUUGCGGGUCGUUGUAAAACUGAGUUGAUGAAGUUACUGUACGAAGGCCAGCAUGGUAUAAUGCAGCUUGAUCAUGGACCUAUGUGGAAAGCACAGCGUAAGUUCGGACAAAAUGCUCUUGGAAGCUUAGGCAUGGGAAAGCGAAGUCUUCAGUCAAAAAUCGUUAAUGAGUUCAACUGCCUUUCUUCUACGCUCGAAGAAGAACUUUUAGCCAACGGUUCCAAGGGUGCCUAUCUUGAUGAAAUGCUAUGGUUGUAUGCGGCAAACGUUAUAUCCCUGCUUAUAUUUAACGAAAGCUUUGACCCUGAUAAUGAGAAGUGGUUUGGGGCAAUGAGAGAGAAUAUCAGGUCACACACGGCAAGACGCGAGAGAUUCCUGUACCUUCUCAUGUACGUUCCAUUUCUGAAGAAUCUGCCGUUGGUUCGACAACAGCUCAAUGUUACCAUACAAGGUCGAAAAACCAAACUUGCAAAGUUCAAACAAUUUGUUGAAAAUCAUCGACAAUCACGUGACCCGGACGACCCCCGUGACUUUAUAGACUGUUACCUAAAUACAAUGGACAGUAAAUCGGCUAACGACAGUUUCACAGAAAAACAACUCCUAUAUUUCAUGAACGACUUGUUUAUUGCUGGCACUGAGACUUCAUCCAACACAAAUAGUUGGGCGCUUUUGCUUCUGCUGAAAAAUCCUGAAGUCAUGAAAAGGUUGAGGGAUGAGAUUGAUUCUCUUGGGAGGGAACCUACCCUGGAAGACGAGUAUAAGAUGCCAUACACACGAGCUGUUAUGCAGGAGAUAUUCCGUUACCGUCCUGCUCUACCUUGCAAUAUAAUACCACGUAAAACAACGACAAGCAUCGAACUCAACGGUCAUAGCAUACCAGCUGGUAUGCCUGUUAUCGCCAACUUAUGGUCAGUACAUCAUGACCCCGUGACCUGGGCCCCUGACCCUGAAACAUUUCGACCUGAACGUCAUCUCAACCGUGACGGAGAGUUCAUGACGUCAGAUCACGUGAUGCCGUUCUCAGUCGGCCUGCGGUCCUGCAUCGGUCGCAACUUAGCGAGAAAUGAACUUUUUAUUUUCCUGACUUCUAUUUUAAGGAGGUUCAAUUUAGAGUUCGCUGAUGGUUGUUAUGUCGAUGAUAUGACGGGUGAAAGUGGUUUGUUACUUCACCCACCACCUUAUAAAGUGAAGGGUUCACUUCGGGCGUAGUUACCCAACUUUAACAUAUGCCCAGAGACAUGACUUUUCCAAUUGCAGAUGCAUAUACGAUUAUUUUAUUUAUUUAAGCUUUUCUUCGUACACCGCUUGUAUAUCGCAGCUGGUUAUUCAAUUAUUUUAAUAGGUGUUUGGAUUUAGAUUACUAUAACAAGUAAGAUACAAUCGGCUGUAGUUUGAUUAAAUUAUUAUUUAUUUGAAUAUUUGCAAUACAUAUACACUGCUUGAAUACUACUGCACACCAAGCUAUAUAACACCCUGCAAUUAUAAGAUCUUGUUUAUUUGUGAAACCAUUUUAAUUGUACAGACACCAAAAACACUAGAAAAAAAAUUGUACUUCCCUAUAAAUUAUUAACUGUGGUCAAAAUGUAUAAUCGGCGUACACAGAUAGCCUGUACUAUAAGCUAAAUCUAAUAAUAUCAAUUUUUCUGUUUACAAUGAUACCCGUUUCGAAUUAUCUUCAUUAAAUUUAUUCCGUUACGUCACAGGUGGUUCUUGCUCAAGUACGCGCAUAUAUUAUGGAAAAAAAAAACGGUGUCGUAAUAG